AUGGCAGAAGAACGUGGUCCUUCCCACCCUGAUCCGUCCCGAUCGGCAGCUUCGCCUUCUCCCCCGCCUCCCGCCCCCAUUCCCCUUACGCCAGGCCCGCGCGCCGCCGUUCUGCAGAAGGUGUUCGACCAGGCGCUGGCUCGCACGGUUCGAGCGAACUCAUACGCCAACUUCUCGGGGUGCUUCCCAACGCCGGCGAAGUACGUCCCGGCGAGUUUGGAGUCCGUGUGGAGACAGUUGAACGCGAAGUUGGAGGAGAGCGCUCGCGCCGAAUUCGAUGACAUCGUGCGGGAGAGGGACGCGGUGCGUCAAUUGAACGAGCUGGAUAGGUUGGUCGGGGAGGCCAUCCACAGAAAGGAACACGGUCAAGGAGAUGGUGACGUCGCUGCCCACACUUUGUCGCCGGAUGAGUUGUACCGUGCUCACCUCGCUCCCUAUCUACACGAGACGCAGACGACUCUGGAUUUGAAAAUAGAAGCUACCCAGGCUGAAAAUGCAGAGCUCGCGCAGCGGGUCCAGGCUCAGAGAAUGGAGAUCGAGAGCUUGCUGUCAGGCCUCGAGUCGGUCGUUUCCGACCUGGAAGGAGCAGCGGCGGCAGCGACUCAAUUCUGUGAGGAGAAUGACCUACGAAAAGAAGCUUUGCAGAUGGACGGGGAAGUGAAGGCCAGAUCGGACAUCUGA